GCCAGAGUGACCCCAGGGCUGAAACCCAGGGCUCGGACCAAGGUGCUCUCAGAAGAACAGAGAGAGAGGGGCUGAGAGGGCCGAGCCACAGCGUUAGGAGGGCCCUGGGAAAGAAAGGGGGCUCGUGGGGUUCCCAUCCCACGCUGGACACAGUGAAAGAUAAAAGCGUCAGGGGAGAAGAGAACAUCCGGCAGUGAGCUGCCCACCCAGGGAGGCAUCCAAACGUGCCAGGCCAACAUUGGCAGCUCCAGAUCCCUUCCAGAGGGAGCAAGGGUGCAGCCAUUCGCUCAGCAUGACCAAGGCGAGCUGAGAGCAGGCUGUGCUUUUAGGGGACAAGGAAGGCAGAAGAUCCAAAGGCCGUCGCUUUCUGGGCAGCAAUGAGUGCCCGGGCCACACGGCCCCGAAGCCGGCGAGGCAGGCACCCUCCACCGGGUGAACUGGACCCCGUGGCUGAGAGUUCAGAGGAGGCUGAAGCAGCCAGCGUGACCAAGCCCAACCCUGAACCCCCUCAGGAGAGCUUCGGGCCAGAGCCUCUGGGCCUCGUGGUGGAGGUCAGUGGCCAGGGCCCCGGGAGCAGGACUACUGAGGAUGCUGAGGAGGACUCGGGUGGGGGACUGGCCUCUGCCCUGGAGGGACCCCAGGAGACUGCAGUGGAAAGCCACCAGGCCCCAGGGACAGCCCCACUGGACAGAAAGACUGUCCCCACUGGGACUGGGGCCCCCGAUGUGUUCCAGACCCUCCAGCAUGCUCUGAGCUCCCUGGAGGCAGCCGCUGCUGCCUGGCGCCACCGACCCCCAGGUUGUCCUGGGCCAGCGGGGGCAGAGGGCAGAACGGAGAGGGCCCCGGAGCCCCGCAGGGGGCAGGAAGGCGCAGGAGGUUGCUGCCAGCAGGAGGCAGCCCGACUGGCUGAGAGGAACACCUGGUUAAGGCUGGCUCUGGGCAGCCGCGAGGAUGAGCUGGUCCGCACGCAGGCCUCCCUACGGGCCAUCCAGGCUGAGAAGGAGGCGCUGCAAAGAGAGGUCCAAGAGCUACAAGAUUCCAUCAUGAGGCUGGAGUCCUCCCCGCCUCCCUCCCGCAGCCAAAUGGGUGGUCCAGGCAGCGAUUCCAGCAGCUCUGGGGCAGAUGGGGAGCCCUGGGGCACUCAAGACUCCUCCCUGGCUCACCCCCUACUCCAGCGCCUCCAGAGUGAUUCCAGCACCCACAUUCUGGGGUCUCUUUCCAUGCAGCAGCCCCUUGCUCCUGAGACACACAUCAUGGAGGCCCGGUUGGAGCAGCUCCGGGGGAACAUCGAGAAGCUGAAAUGCUUCAACCGUCUGCUGUUGGCUGUGCUCCAAGGGCACAAGGGCCGCUGUGAGAGUCUCAGCAUGCAACUGGGCCAGCGGGAGGCUGAGGCCACAGCACUGCGUCUGGCCCUGCAGUACAGUGAGGACUGUGAGGAAGUGUACGGGGUCCUGCUUGCUCUGCGCGAGGCUGACUCAGGAACAGGCAAUGAAGCUUCCAAGAGUGACCUGCAGGUGGCUGAGAAGGAAGCAUGGAGACUGCUGGCACAAAAGGAGGCCGCCAUGGAUGGAGGGACACCACAGCCCAGCCCUGAGGGCAGCAGUGUAGACAGACCCACACCACAAGAAGUGGCAACCCGGCUCCAAGGCUAUGUCCAGCAUCUCCGGGAACGCCGUGCUCUGGUGAAGGUGCCCCCAGAGCCUGGCCCCACCUCAGCACCUUUGCCCACAGUGCCCCAUGCAGAAGCCAUGGUGCAGGCUGUUCUGGAGACCCAGCCUGGCCCUGCCCUGCCCCGGCUGGAGAAGAUGCAGAUCCAACAGGACCUGUUGACCACAAGGGAGACCCUUGCUGAACUGAUGCUGCGGUUGCAGCUGGUCCGGCGUGAGAAGCGCGGCCUGGAGCUGCGGGACGCUGCGCUCCGAGCCCAGGGCCCUGCCCACGUACUGCUGCUGGAGCAGCUGCAGUGGGAGCGAGCACAGUUCGGCGCCGGAGGAGUGGACAGCAGUGGCGGCGACAGCAGCGCAGGCGGGAGCAGCGGGGACGAGGAGGAAUGGGCGCAGGGCCCUCCUGCUGUUCCCGGUGGCUCUAGUGGCAUUGAUGGAGGCCAACUGGGCAGAAUGUGGGACCCAGAGAAGUUAACCAAGGAACUGGAGGCGUCACUCACCAGGGCCCUGGACCUGCGGGAGCAGAUGCGAUCUCUUCGAGAGCAGCUGGAACGGGUGGCUCAGAAGGGGCGAGCCGGACGGGCGCAGAGCGCUGAGCUCAACAGCGAUUUAUGCAAGGCUCACAGUGCCCUGGUCCUGGCCUUCCGAGGAGCCCACCGGAAGCAGGAAGAGCAAUGCCGGAAGCUGGAACAGCAGAUGGAGCUGAUGGAAGCCCGGCAGGCGGAGGAGCUAGCAGCGCUGGAAGCUGCGGCAAGAGCCCUGGGGGAUCGCGGUCCUCCCUGCCCAGCCCCUCAGCUGGGGGAGACCUUUCUGUAGGCCCUCAACCAGGCCUGUCAUAAAGCGUCUGGAGUGACA